GUGGAGGAGUAACCGGCUGUCCGUUCUUUUCCCUGACAGAUGAGACUAUGGUGAUCAAUGUGUUCUGUGGAGUGGUGUCUGGAGUCCUGUCCUCCUCUCUGGCCAACCCCACUGAUGUUGUCAAGAUCCGCAUGCAGGCCCAGGGCAGUCUUUUACAAGGCAGCAUGAUGUCCAACUUCAUAAACAUCUACCAGACAGAGGGAACCCGUGGCCUGUGGAGGGGCGUCAUCCCUACAGCUCAGCGGGCAGCCAUCGUAGUGGGAGUGGAGCUUCCUGUCUAUGACAUCACUAAGAAGCACCUCAUCAAGUCUGGCACUAUGGGAGACACCAUACUCACACACUUUAUUUCCAGUUUUACGUGUGGCCUGGCGGGGGCUCUAGCCUCCAACCCAGUGGAUGUGGUGCGGACGCGUAUGAUGAACCAGCGAGUGCUGUCUGGGAACCCCAUGUAUAAAGGCACGCUGGACGGAUUGAUGCAGACCUGGAAGAACGAAGGAUUCUUUGCCCUCUACAAGGGCUUCUGGCCCAACUGGCUGCGUCUGGGGCCAUGGAACAUCAUUUUCUUCAUCACGUUUGAACAGCUGAAGAAACUCCCCUUAUAGUUGAACAGGGAGUGGACACUCCGUCGGACCAGAGUGUAUCAGAGCGCGGGAAACACCCCAGCCCUUUGUCUUCAUUUAAUUCACAAUCCCUCCCUCGUCACACAAUCUGUAUGUGCAUGCUCAUCUAAGUUAAAUAUAAUAAUAUUUAUUAUUUUUUUAUACAACUUUUAAUGUUUUUUUAUUU